AUGCAAUAACAAAAAAACAAAAAAAAGAAAUUCUAAAAGCAUCAAAGAUCUGGUUAAUAAAAUGCUUCAUCAGAUUUCUUAUAUAAUGGAUUCUUAUUGACAUGUGAUAAGAAUAGAGAAAGAGAAGCUGUAAAGGAAGCCUAUUAAAUUAUUGAAUAAUAUGUCGAAUAAAUUUAUCCAUAAGAAUCAUUAAAAUAUGAAUAACUACUUGAAUAAAAUACAAAUAAUAAGUCUAUUGUCAAAAUGUUAUAUAAUUUCGAUACUAAAGUUAAAUGUGUGAUUUUCAUCAGAAUUAAUAGUCAAGAAUUUCCAACCAUUGAUGUAGACGAAUUGAGUAGAAUCAUCUUAAGUGAUGUAUAUGAAAAGUCACAACAAGUAGCAAGAUAUAUCUAUAGAAUGAUACCCAUUUAAUAUGUUUUCAGAGCCACCUUAGAUGAAUUUAAAAAACAUGCUUAAUUGCUUGUGAAUAAACAUUUCUAAUUAGAUAGACCACAUCCUUGGUUUCUGAUAUUCAAAAUUAGAUAUACAGAUAAAAUUAAUAAAUAAUAGGUCUUAUCAAUAUUAUAAGAAUUGAUUGAACCUCUUCAUUAUUAAGAUUGGUAAGAGCCUGAUUUUGUUUUCUUUGUUGAAGUAAAUGGUGCAAUUAUGUAUAUAAACAUACUACCAAAAUACCAUGAAUACAGAGAAUAUUCAAUUAGAAAAGGUGGUUAACCUGUUUUAGAUACUUUGCCUGAAAGAAAAAAUAAUUUCACAGACAAAUUAGUAAAGAAAGUUAAAGGUUCAAAUGAACAAGAAGUUUAGAAUGCAAUUAACAUUUAAGAUCCAAAUUCAGACUUUUAGAAAAAGGAAUUUUUUGUUGAAUAAGAUGUAGAUUUACUUUGA